UUCUGAAAUGUUAAAUCUUAUCUCCAUUCAUAUUUCCUAGACGAGAGAGAGAGAGGAAGAAGAUAAAAGAAGAAGAAUGUCUAUAGUACUAGUGUUAGCUCCAAAUACUCACAUAUCGUACAUGGUGGAAUCGAACGACAAUUGGUUCAACCAGAAAGAGCAACAAUCGUUUGUUGGUAGUAAAAGAGGAUUACUAGGAUCUUCUACCAAUUAUAAUAACAAAACUUGGUCAGGAAACAGGAAAAACAAGAUUAGCAGCAGGAAAUUAUUAGAUUGGAAAACGCAUGCUUUUUGGCCGGAUUCCAAGCCUGUCGUGUUAGAAAUGGAGUCCAUUCUUGAUUCUGAGCAGCUCGACCAAGCAUUGCUCAUGGCAGACAAUCUCUCUCAACCCAUCAUCAUCGAUUGGAUGGCAUCUUGGUGUCGUAAAUGCAUAUACCUGAAGCCUAAAUUGGAAAAAUUGGCUGCAGAAUAUGAUACUAGGAUUAAAUUCUUUUGUGUUGAUGUCAACAAAGUACCUCAAACUCUAGUAAAACGUGGAAAUAUAUCUAAAAUGCCAACAAUCCAGCUGGUCAUCCAGCUUUGGAAAGAUGGGGAAAAUAAAGCCGAGGUUAUUGGUGGGCAUAAAGCUUGGCUUGUCGUGGAUGAAGUCCGGGAAAUGAUGGACCAAUAUCUAAAGUAGUUAGCAACCACUCUCAAAUCCAACUUCCUUUUGAAGAAGGCAAAGGCAAAAGCAAAAGCAAAAGCAAAAGACUAUUGUUUCUAUCAUGUAUAGUUUUGAUUUCCCAAUCCCAUGCUAUUUCAUUGCAUUAUC